AUGCUUGCUUCAGAAAGGUGUCUGCUGAAUCCAACUUUUUCUAUUAGUGCUGUAAGAAAUGAUUCUGGUCCUUGUCAAGGGGCAGUCCUUGCCUUUCUGACUGCACUUGGCACUGGGGGGAACAUCAUCGUUUUUGUGAGUCACACACGCAUGUUUUGGGGCACUGAGAAGAAAGCUAUGCACCUUAUUCUGAUCCAUUUGGCCUUCACAAAUAACAUAAUGCUUCUAUUUAAAGGCAUUCCAAGGACAAUAGCAGCUUUUGGAGUGAGAAACUUCCUCGAUGACAUAGGUUGUAAAGUCGUGUGUUACCUGGAGAGAGUGGCCAGGGGUCUCUCCGUCUGUACCAGCAGUCUCCUCACUGUGGUCCAGGCUGUCAUCAUGAGCCCUAGUCAUUCCAGGUGGAGGAGGCUCCAACCCAAGUCUGCAUGGCUGAUUGUUACUGUAUUUCCCUUUCUUCGGAUAUUUAGUUUUUUGACAAACAUAAAUUUACUCCUUUACAUCAUGAGUGUAAACACAUCACGAGUUAGCACAAGUGAGUACUAUUGUUAUUUUCAACCAGAAAAUCAGAAGGUAAGAUGGAGCAUUCUCAGUACAAUGGUUUUUCAGGAUGUUCUAUCUCAGGGCGUCAUGUGUGGCCCAAGUGGCUACAUGGUGUUUCUUCUCCAUGAGAGAUGCUGA